UCAAGAUGUCACAAGAAAAGUCUGCAAAUGCUGAUGCCUCUGGAAACCAUUCUUACAUGAAAAUACCGAACAGACUCAACCUCAGUGAAAGACAAAUGGAGUUCUGUAUCGAAGAAGCACUAGAUAUACUUCAAUCAAGAGGUAAUAGUCAGAAGAGGAAUAAUCUAAGUAAUCACAAACAGAGUCAAUCUCCUCCUUCAGGUAUGGAUAGAGUAAGAAAACGAUCACUCUGAAAAAGUCCUGAUUUGCAUCAAACAACUUCAAAUGCAUUUUUUGGGGAGGCUGUCACCAAAGCUUCCAUUUUAAAGUGAAGAAAAUAAGAAACAUAUGUUUUAUCAAGAUAGUAGUGAGGCUAUCGGAAAUAAAAAAAUCUCAAACAGCAAAUGUAAAACUUCUCUAUUACAAAUGUCAACAAAAAGAAGCCUUGAUAUGUCCUUAAAGAACAAAUUUAACACAAGCAACUGCUCUGGAAAGAAUAGACCAAGCAAGGAAGAUAAGUUAUCUAUUCCAAGGCAGAGCUCAUUUAUGAACAAGAGUCUUAACAGUCAGAUUUAUUUUACAUGUAAAUAAGAAAUCUGAGAGACAUGGAAGCCCACAGCUUACAGAUAUCAAGCUCAGCAAUUACAUUAAAAAGGCUAAGAAAAUUCUAAACUCGAAGAAUAAGGAUAGGAACUCAUUCAAAUAAAAAGAAGAGUAUUCUUUCUCAGACUGUGACAACUAUUUCAAGGAAGAAAUGAAAUUCACCUAUGAUUCCUGGACGUGCUAUAUCGCCACCUUCUAAGUUCCUUAACACGAGUAUCUCAUUGGGAGGAAAAAGAGUUGAGUCGAACCUUAAGGUAUACCAAAAGUGCUCUCCCAAAGGCCUGAUGUUUCCGAGAACAAACUUGACUAGCAAAAAGAAAAUUCAGAAUACUCCAAAUGAAAUUAAAAAAGAAUUACUUGAGAAGAAGAUCUUGUUCUCGAAAAGAUAUCAAACAAAGAACCCCAUAGUUCAGAGGAAAAGUUUAAACCCUUCUAUGAGUACAAAUAUGCUAAGCCCAGUGCAGAGAUCACUUGGAAAUCUGAAAUCUAAGAAAGUUUUUAGCAAGAAGAAUUCUCUGAAGCCAAUCUCGACGAAAUCAAUGAAUUUAGCAGAUCAGAAGUCUACAAGCCAUCAUAUCAAAUCUAAAAACCCGGUUCAGAAUAAAAAGAAUAUUAAGAAGGCAACUAUCAAGAAAUGAGUUGUGAGAAACCCUCGAUACGAAAUUCUGUCCAAGAGAAACAACAUUCACGCUCAUAAACCAAAACGAAGAAAGAUUACUACUUAUAAUAAACAGAAGAAUACUGACUUUGAGAACUCCAUUUGUCUCCUAGGAAAUGAUAAGACAAAAUCUACUCAAGAAAUAAAGAAGAUAAGGCAGGUGACAGAGUUAAAUAAGAGUUCUAAUCUCAUAAACACUGAAACCCACAAAAAACUCAACGUCGAUGCUCUCAAUAAGUACCCCACUAAGCCAAUAUACGAAGUAAAAUGCCCUAAUUCCGAAAUCUCAAGACCCAAAGAAACCUCAAAACACACCCAUAAAGCCCUUACCUCCCUUACCUCCCCUAAAACCCCUCAAAACCCUCCAAAACCCCCUCAAAAACCCCAAACAGUCGAAAUAACCCUCCUCCUCUAACCUCCUAAAAACCUCCUUCACUUCAACCUCCCUUCC